CCCGCCGCCUGGAGAGUGUCCUGUGAUUAAAGGGCCGAAACACUUGUUGAUAGGCGGUUCUUAGCUGAUGAUGUUGGUGGUUUUAGCAGUACAGAACUGUAUCUCACUCAUUUAUUUGACGAUGUUUUCUGAUGAAAUAUAGGACAUGCAAGCAGAGAAUGCAUUUUCCAUUUAAUUUUUCAGUUCUAAUGUUUCAUGUUUUGAAAUAAGUGCAAUUUUUUUAUUAAAGGUAUAAGCCUCCUAGUUCAGUAUGGAAAAUAUGACCGAAAUAGCAAACUCAGCAUUACAAGACCAUGAUAAUUCGGAUUCUGAUGGAUCCUUUGAAUCAGCAUCGGGAGAUACAACAGACGGGGUUGGUACUUCUGGUAAUGAAGAUGUAUCUGUAAAUAGGCCAGGAUUCUUAGAUUUGUCAGAUGAUGAAACAUCCACUGAACUCGGUGCAAUCAGUAACGAUAUUUGCUCGAAUGAGACUGCAGUUGAAAAACGUUCCUUACAAAAUGCUUCUAUAGGCGCCGAGAUACUAAAUGUAGGCAAUUUGGGUAAAUCCAAAAGAGCUCAUAGUUGUGAACCCUGUGAAAUUCAAGGCAAAACUGCCCCGGCUUCUACGUUUUGUCCGAGUUGUGAAAACGAGAUGUUAUGCGAAAUCUGCUCAACAAUACACAGGUCAUUACCUAUUACGAAAUUACACGAUCUUCUGGAUAUUUCCGAACAUCCUGCAUACAAACAGGUUGAGAAUGUAGAUAUCCCGACCUGUGGUCUCUGCCAUUUGCAGAACGUUGGUAAUGAAGCAAGUGUCCAAUGUAUGCAGUGUGAAACGUUUCUCUGUGAUGCAUGUUCCAACCAGCAUAAGGCUCAAAAAGCGACCCGCUCACACAAACUAACAUCAACUGUGAAAACAAUCGAACGGUCACAUGUAUAUUGCGGCGACCAAAACAAUUGGGAAGUAUCUAAAAAGAAUGUUGUAUCUACAGACACAGUGAAGUUGAAACAACCGGGUCGACCAGAAGCUUUUAAUAUUACAUCUGAUUCAUUGACGCUUUCAUGGACAAAACCUGCCCUUCACGCGGACGGGGAUUAUUUUCAAAUAGAAUAUAAAGAAUUAAUUCCAGGGUCAAAGUGGAAAACUUUUACUGGAGAAUUUGCUGAAUCAACGCAGAUUCUUACGAAUAUAAAAUCAGAAACAGAGUUUUAUAUUUCGGGUACGGGCCAUUCAGUGCGACGGUGAAAGUCCGUAUAGUGAGGAUAGUGUGGUUGUCAAAACGCACAUUUCCACAGCCUUUUGUCUGAUUGGUUUCUCCGUCCGUCUUGAUGAAGAAACCACGUCACCGGUUCGGUAUGCCUUGCCAAUGUGUGAAGUUAAAGAGGCAAGAAAUAGUAGGGCUAAGACAAGGAAAUUUGAAGUGGGUAUGGCUACGUUUUGAUUAAAUAUCGCAUAAAUGCUGGUAUGACGCAUAGCAAUA